AUGGAAGACGGGAGGAAGCGCAAGUUAUUGGCCACUGCAAGUUGUCAAGGUCUUGCUAGUGAUUGUUUGAUGGAUAGACUGAGUGAACUUCCGGAAGAAGUUGCUCAUCACAUUCUUUCUUUCCUUGAAAUUAAAGACCUUACUUGUUUUGGUUGUGUGUCCAAAAGAUGCCGAAAACUUUACCUGUCCACUCCGUCAUUGAAAUUUGAUGGAUUUUUUAGCAAGCAGUUACAGAGAUAUGAUGAGAGGUUGAGAUUGUGGAGUUAUUUGGAUAACUACUUGUUUCAUCGUUGGGUUAGUAGGAUCCAGCGCUUUCAUUUUCACUGGGUACUUCACAGUUAUGGCAGCCAACAAAUCUUACAGGAAGAUGAGAAGUUUCGUUUGGAUAAAUUUAUCUGCAAUGCCAUCAAAUGUAAUGUUGAAGUCCUUGAUAUUAAAAUCAAGAGCUGGGGCUCAGGGGCACCCUUACCUACUUGCGUCUUACAUAGUGGAUCUUUGAAAUCUCUGUCGGUGUAUAUCUAUGGUAGGAUUAUUAAAGCACCCUCACUCGCUUCUUUCUCUAAUCUGGAAUGCCUCAAGUUGGAAGGUACUGUUCUAGUAGAUGACGGGCUUUUCAAUUGGAUCUCGUGUUCAUGCAAAUGCAUCAAGGAAUUAUCCCUUAAAUCAGUCUCCAUGUAUAAUGCAACGUCAUCCUGCAAUGUCACCAUUGAAAGCUCAUCUUUGGAAUCACUGUGCAUUGAAAGGCUUAGUUUUAUCCAUCAUCUUUACAUUGCCGGUGAGAAACUUGAACAGAUAAUUAUCGACUGGCGUUUUGGCUUUAGGUCAGACAAACCACAUACGGAUAAAUCAUUAGGUAUCUGUGCACCAAAUCUCAACAGUUUAAACUGGAGGGGGAGUUUGAUGAAUCAACCUAACCUUGGAAGAUUAGAAUGUUUAGAAGAAGCUAGUAUCUGUCUUCUGCCUAGUGUUGAUGAGUUUGUCUAUGUAUCCGAGGUUCUUUCCUGCUUAUCAAGUGCUAAAGUUCUUACACUGAACAAAGAGACCACGAUGGCUCUGUUCAAGGGAGGUUCCAUGCCAUUGCUAGAGAAUGUUUGGUACCUGUGUAUUCAUAUUGAAGGCUUUCUUGAUUUUCAAGUCCCGGCAAUGGCCUCUCUUUUGGGAGGAAUGUCUAAGUUGAAUACGUUAAUCAUAAAGUCGGACUCAUUCUUCCGUGGCCCUAAAGCUGAAUGCUGUGGGUUUAAUAUAGGAUACUGGAAGCUCCAAAACGCUGCUUUUAUUUAUCAGCUCAAGGAGGUUACCGUAGAGCUUUCUCAUGGAUCAAACGGAAUUGAGUUUGACAGAUAUAUCCUUGACCAUGCUCAGAAUUUGAAUAAAAUGACAAUUGUGCAUUCACCACAGCAGUCCAGUGCUAUGAUUCUGUGUAAGGUUGAGAGUAUAUAUCUCUUUACCGAAUAUGGCUCAGUAGCUUCUGCUGCUGAUGAUGACGCCGAUGUUUACUCCGAAUAUGUCUACUCUGAGUCGGGAAAUUGA